AUACAAAUAAAACAACACUUUUCCACUCUUCCCAUUACCCAAACACUAUUGGUUGAUUCCCUCCAUUCUCCUGUUUAUGUAGUAUAUUCUUUUGCUGUGAAGUCCCUUCCCAAUGGCGGCCGUGGUUACUUCCGGUGAUGUUCAAGAGAUCGUAUCCAAGCUCUCCUCGGAUAAAGCCAAAGCCCGCGAAGAAGGAGUAAAGUUGUUGAGUAUGUGGCUAGAGGGAGAAAGAUCAAUCGGAUUUUGUAAAGUUAUUGGACAGAAUACUGCAAAGCUUAAACCAAAUGAGAUUCCACCGUCUGAAACGUGGCCAUUUCUUGUUAAGUUGCUUACACAGUGUGUAUCAUUGGAGAUAUCAGCAAGCAAGCGACGAGCACCUAAGUUAAUAUUUGCAAAAACUCUUAGAAUUGCCAUUCAACGAGCUGAAGAUACUAAGCUUCCAGGAAAUAUGUUUCCGUUGUUGUCUGUGGUUAAGACACUUUUUAGUCACAUACUGGAUGUGAUAAACAAUGUUCCAAGUUUUCAGUCUGAAUAUGGGAGUAUAUUACGACAUCUUUUGCUGGUCAAAGACUACCGAUUUCAUAUGAGGAAGAAAAUUUAUUCUGGUCUUAUGGUUUUCUACAUGGAAAAGGUGGUGACAACAUUGACAGAGAAAAAUAGCAUCCUCCUAACCCUUCAUUCUCUUCUAGAAAAUCCUCCUGGAGAUUUCACGGAUAACCUUAGGGAAGAUAUCGUGAAGGGGUUUGUUAAGAUAUUUUCAAAUAUAAGGUAUAUGGGAUGAAGAAAAGUUUCUUACAAGUUAAUUGAGUGUAUUAAUACGUACUUGUUAAAGGAUGGUCCAAAUUUAAGUUGUCAGUCCUUAGAGAUCCAUAACGCUAUACAACCAGUUGUUUCUCGUUGUUGGCUGACAACACGUGAUAAGGGUCUUAAGGAUGCACUUGUUCUUUAUGCUAGGUUACAGCUGAAUUUAGUUAGAGGUGUAACUGAUGGGAGUUUAUUGGUUGACCAGCUCUUUGAUGUCAUAUGUAAGGAACUAGAUCUAAGCAAUUCAUCAAUUCCUGGUACUUCUUGGAGAGAUGGAACCAAGGAUGAUAAGCUUGGAACCUUGAGUAGUUCUCAGCAAAUUCUUGUGGAACUUGCUGCACUUGUACUGUAUAAGGAAUGCACACAUACAAGCGGAGCAACAUCAAGAAAAAGGUUUAAAAGAGAGAGUACAGCUGCCCGUCUAAAGGAGGCACUUGUGGAAGAAUGGUUAUGGAAUGUGGCAUUUUGUUAUCUCAUUCGUAAUUACUACACUCGCAUCAAUAAGGAUCUUUUUAUCGACUGGUUUGAAGGCAUUUGUGCAAGCUUUGAAAGAAUCUUGAAUGAUGCAAUUGUCGGACAUGCUUAUGAUGGUUUACUUUGGACUUUGCGGAGUCUGCAGGAAAUCUCAUCCAUGAUGCUGCCUUUGAAAGCUCAAGAGGAGAUUUCAUUUGGUUCAUCUCGUAACUCAAAGGAGUUUCAUUGUGGUUGGCAGCUAAUAUGGAAUCAUCUUAUGCAUGGAUUGCCAACAUUUAGCAACGUAAUUCCAGUUGUGGAUGCUGCACUGGCGCUCCUUGGAAGCAUUAUUUCAAAUGAUUUGUCAAUCACAUAUGUUGUGCCUCAUGAUGCAUGGGAUCUUCGAUUAUUUAAAGAGACUCCUUCAUUGUGUACUCUGUACUUCAUUGCAUGUUAUUUUUCUCGGAAGGGAUCUCAGGGCGACAUUAGGGACAUUUUACAUCUACGGAAGUAUCUUCUAAGAGCAACUUUGGGCUCUCUUAGCUGGAAUGAACCUUCCUUACUAAAUGAACGCAUGGUAUUAUUGUUACCAGCAGCAGUUUAUGCACUUUGUGCUGGGUGUGAACCCUUUACUCAGUGUUACAAAGAAAUUCACUUGUUACCGUCUUUUGUGGAAGCUACCAAGUUUGCAGAUGAUUGGAUCAAGAUUGAUGAAUAUGAUCAUGAAAAGCAGCUUGAAAAUUUUGAAUGUUCUAUUGAAGUUCUUGCAAAAAUUGAUUCGGAUUCAAAGAUUCAGGUUUCCCCCUAUCAGUUCCAGCAAAGUUUAUGUCUUCCUCGACAGUUGAGAGAACCACUGAUGCAAGAAAUGGAGACCCUUAUUUUAGGGCUUCUAGCAGAUCUCAAGGUUGAAAAGAAGCCGUUGUCUGAUAUCUUCUUCAUAUGUGGUCUACUGUGCAAUUUAAUAUGUGGAUUAUAUAUAACUAGGAAAAGAGAAGAAGCUUCCUCAUUUCUCUCAAAAUUGGGUCAAUUUUUGUUGAAAUUACUGAAUUAUGCUGUUAAUGUUAUUCAAGAAAACAAAAGUGACUCCAGAUCACUUGGAAUUUUAGGACCUACAUCCAGCUUGAACCAAAAAUGUGCUAUUGUUGUUUCAUUUAAAAGCUUUGUUCUUGGGCCUCUUUUCACACAAAGGAGAGACGGAGAUGCGCUGGAUGUUGUACUUGAUGAUGCUGUAAAGCAAUCCCUAAAGAGUCUUCUGAAGGAAUUUGCUACACUGUAUGAUGAAUAUACUGAAAGUGUAACUAACCUUCAGUCUGAGAUACUGGCAGAUUCUUCUGGAUCUGAGUCUUCUAUACAAAUCUCAACCAAUGUGGAGAGCAAUAAAAGUAGGUUCAUGGACAUGGAUUUCUUCGAUCUAAAUGAGGAUGGAAAAGAUGUAAAUAUUCAGAUAUGUAGUGGAAAAACUCUUUCUGGUGGAUCUUCCUCUUCAGUGAAGUGGAAGUUGGGAAUGGUGUCACUAAUCUCAAGUUUUUUCUCGGUUGUGCGUGAUAAAACAUGGGGUCUAUUGAACCUCAUGGAAAAAGAACUUGACUUGAAGGUGUAUGACAUUAUUUUGUACAAUAUUUGUCGGCAUCUCCACUCGUUAUAUUCUUCAAAGAUGACAGAUCUGAUCAACUUAAUACAUAACAGGAUCGAAGUGCAACUUAGUCAGAAGCUUGAUAGUUUUAACGUUCUAGCUGCUAUUGGUUGUUUGCUUGAUACUCUUCUAUCUUUGAACUUUGAAAAGGAUAAACAUGGUGCCGUAUAUUCCGAAGAAAGAGAAGCUAAACAGUCCUUGGUGUAUCUUGGGAAGCUGAUCAGCAAAGUUGCAGAACUUGGUCUUCCUGACUGGUUUGGUCGAGUUAAACUAAUUGACUGCAUUUGCAAUUUUAUAUUACUCAGUCCUGAGAUCGGCCAGGGAAUGAUUGAAAAGCUGCUUUUCAUGCUUCAUGAUCCUGAUUAUCGAGUUAGGUACUUUCUAAGUAGGCACAUUGGUGUUCUAUUCCAGACCUGGGAUGGCCAUGGAGAGCUCUUCCAUGAUAUUUGUUCUAACUUUGGCAUUGAGUUGGUCUUUUACUCCAAAGAAAAGCUUGUUACAGCUCAGGAAGUUCUUACUGCAGGUCCACAGUCCCGUCAAAAAGUUGAAACUGUCAUUAUUACCCUUAUGCAGCUAGCUUUGCAUAGUGAGAAUAUUGAACUAGAGGCUGUUUUCAUGAUGUGUGCAGUUUCUGCCAUGGAUCCUUGUCAGAGGGAAUUAGUAAACACAGCACUUGAUAAUCUAUCGAGAAAGCUACAGUAUAUGUCAAGAAUGAAGUACUUGGAUGAACUUAUUGGAUCCAUUUUAUUUUGUUGGGUUGCUUGUGGUGUCAGCAUAGCAGCCCUUGUGGAGAUACGACAACUUUUUGUAUUAGAUGCUGAACCUAGUUACUUCUUGCAAUAUUGUUUCCAUUGGCUUCUUCCAGCUCUAUUUAUUCAUGAGGACAACUCUAACCUGAAUUGGGUUUCUAAGAUUGCAGGCCAACCUUUGCCUGUUAUGGUUAAAGAACAUUUUGUGCCGAUUUUUUCAGUUUGUAUGACACUGCAUUGCAGUAAGAGCUCUGGUUUUGAGAAAGGAGCAAUGGUUCUUCAGAAUUCUAUUCUGCAUUUUGCUGAGAUUUCUGAGAGUGAAAGAGAUAAACUCAUCAAGAAAAAUAUGGUGUCUAUUGUAAGCCAUGUUCUUUCUCUUGCAUCUUGUGCGUCAGAACCUAUUAUUCCUUUUUUCUCCAGGGAUAAUAUUGCCCGUGCAAUUCAAACAGUUGUCGAUGGAUUUUUGGAAAUGGAUGGUCACUGUGCAAGUAUCAGUGUUAUUGACAAGAUUAACAUUUUUCGUCCUGACAGAGUUUUCAUGUUUAUUGUAGAAAUGCAUUACAAAAUUGCUGCAGCUAUUCAUCAUAGGCACAGAUGCCAUCGGUUAGCUUCCAUAGAGGUGCUUAUAACCAUUCUUGGACAUAGAGCUGCGCUUUCAAGUACUUUCAAUUAUCUUUUCAAUUUGAUUGGGCAAUUUCUUGGUUGUCAUGCUUUACAAGAUCAAUGCUGUCGUAUAAUUUCUUCCUUACUCAAAACUUUUAAAAACAACCCUUCCAAGGAAACUGUGGGCGUGCUUGGUGAACAACUCCAGUUUUUGGUGUCAAAGUUGGUGGCAUGUUGCAUUCCUCUUGAAGCUGUUGGGCAAUCUUCUGCAUCGGGAUCAUCUCUUGUUUUGUCUUUGCUUCUUGAGCUGACAGUGGAUUCUGAUCCAUCUCUUUAUGAUUAUAUAAGAGAAUUGGAACCCUUUCCUGAAAUAGAUAUCUUUGAAGGAAUAAGAAACUUCCACAAGGAUUUGUGCCGAGAAUACUCUCCAAGAGACCAUCUAUUGAAGAUUGUGAAGAGGUCUUGCUACCUUCCACCAAGAUUACUUUCAUGGAGUCUACAAGCUCUGCACAAGAAGCUACUUGCAGGGGAAACAUUUCAGGGAGGCAAGAUUACUGAAGAUUUUGUGGAUGAUACAUAUUGGCAUGGAGAUGGAGAAAUUGUGCAUGCAGUUUGGACACUUGUUCGCAUGUGUGCUUCUAAUGAUUCUAGUCGGAUUAGAGGAUUGGUGUCUGAUUUAAUAUCCAGGGUUGGCAUAGGAGAUCCACACUCUGUUGUUUUUCAUCUCCCUGGAGACUCUAACCAUAUACAUGGUCGUGCACCCCUUAGCUGUAGUGUUGCUUCUGAAAUUAUAUUUUCCAUGAGGUCUAGUGUGUCUGAAGAGCUUCUAAUUGCACUUUUGAGAGUUUUGAAGAAAUACUUAAUGGAUGAUUCUGUUCAAAUAGUUGAUAUAACGUCACAAACUCUAAGGGGAAUACUGUCAACUGAAAGGGGUCAAAAAGCUAUGUUAUCAUUUGAUUCUAAUGAAAGAUCUCUGAUCGAGGUUCACUCUAAAGGAAUUAACUGUGAGCUGGUGGAAAAGAUAUUAAUGGAUCUGGGAAAGAAGUUUAAAGCUGAAGACAUUUAUCUGGAGAAGUCUACCACUUGGAUGACACAUGGUAAAACUUUUGAGAAGUGGAUAUGUCCACUUGUAUACUCAUUAGUUGGCUACUGCAAUGAUGUGAUCCUAAGAUUAUGCCAGGAUGUUGUGCUGCUGAAACCGGAAGUUGCAGAGCUUCUUUUGCCCAGUGUUGUUGUCAAUUUAGCUGGAAGAAAGGAUGUUGAUCAUAAUUUAAUCGCCGAACAGGUUCAGGAGCAUAUAUUUGUGGAGUCGAAUAAGUUGAUAAAGUCUAUACAAGUUUGGCUGAAUGCCCUUAAUGAACUUCGAUUUUGUUAUGUUCUGGAAAGAUCUUUGGGCCCGUUAAGAAAAGAACAUUCGAAGCAUUCUAAGCCUUCUAGUUUUAGCUCUAAAUCCCAUUCCCCAAUGAAACCUAGAGAUUCAGCACCUACAUUGAGUGCAAUGACCAUGACAACAUCUUCAUGGGACAAGGUAUAUUGGCUUUCUAUUGAUUAUCUCAUUAUAGCUAGGUCAGCGAUUAUUUGUGGUUCUUACUUCACAUCCAUGAUGUAUGUGGAGUAUUGGUGUGAAGAACAUUUUCAUGGCCUCACCCUUGGGAGCCCUGACUUUUCCAAUCUUGAGAUGUUACCGCAGCACAUUGAAAUUCUUAUCUCAGCAAUCACUCAAAUAAAUGAACCAGACAGCUUAUAUGGAAUUAUCCAGUCGCACACAUUAACCUCCCAAAUUAUUACCUUUGAGCAUGAGGGAAACUGGAAUAAGGCCCUAGAAUAUUAUGACUUACAAGUGCGAUCUGAAGCCAUAGCUCACAUGGAUGGAAGUUCUAGAACUUUGUCAUUAGCAGAGACCCAAUCUUCGUCUCAACCUCUGCUUUCCACAUUGGAAGAUGAGACAAAGUGGAAACCUUACAAAGGGGUGAUUAGAUCUUUGCAGCAAAUUGGUUGUAGGCAUGUGUUGGAUCUAUAUUGCCAAGGAUUAACUUCUGGGAAGGGUCAGUUUCAGCAGGAUUUAGAGUUUUCAGAAUUGCAGUACGAAGCUGCUUGGCGUGCAGGAAACUGGGAUUUCUCUUUACUUUCUGCAGGAGUUAGUUCUCAAUUUCCAGAGCAACAUGCUAAAACUCAUCAUUUCAAUGAAAAUUUGCAUUGUUGUCUGAGAGCAUUGCAGGAGGGAGAUUCUGAUGAAUUUCAGAGAAAGUUGAAGCUUUCAAAAGAGGAGCUUGUUUGGUCUGUUUCUCAUGCAAGUGAGGAAAGCACUGAGUUUAUCUACUCUACAAUAAUCAAGUUUCAGAUCAUGUAUCAUCUUGGUAUAGCAUGGGAAUUGCGCUGGCCAACAUCUUCAUGUGAAAGAAUAGAACUCCAGAAACAUAAGCAGAAAAUAUUUUCAGAUCCUGUAAUCCCUACAAUGGAUCAGCUGUUAUGGUUGAAUAAGGACUGGAGCUCCAUGUUGACAAAAUCACAACUGCAUAUGAGUUUGUUAGAACCAUUUAUUGCAUUUAGGCGAGUUCUACUUCAAAUCUUGAAUUGCCAUGACUGUAUAAUGCAACAUCUUCUGCAGUCUGCAUCCACUCUUCGUAAGGGCUCUCGAUUUUCUCAAGCUGCUGCAGCUUUGCAUGAAUUUAAGUUUCUUUGUGUGAGAACUGGAGAACAAGGUUCAUCUGCAUAUUGGCUUGGAAGGCUUGAGGAAGCAAAGCUGUUGCGUGCUCAAGGUCAGCAUGAAAUGGCCAUCAGCCUUGCAAAAUAUAUCUUGCAAACUUAUCGGUUGAACAAUGGGGCUUCAGAUGUAUAUCGAUUGGUCGGGAAGUGGUUGGCAGAAACUAGAUCUAGCAACUCAAGAACUAUUUUCGAGAAGUAUUUAAAACCUGCAGUGUCACUUGCUGAGGGUCACAAGACUGCUGACAAGAAGUCUGCAGAAAGACAAAGUCAGAUUCAUUUCCACCUUGCACAUUAUGCAGAUGCACUAUUCAGAAGUUAUGAGGAAAGACUUAAUUCCAAUGAAUGGCAGGCAGCAAUGCGUUUAAGAAAACAUAAGACAUUAGAACUAGAAGCCCUUAUUCGACGGCUAAAUGGUUCGACAAAGGGGGACAAAAUUGACUACUCUGUGAAAAUUCAAGAGUUACAAAAGCAACUUGCAAUGGACAAGGAAGAAGCACAAAAAUUGCAGGACGACAGAGACAAUUUUCUCAACCUAGCUUUGGAGGGAUAUAAGCGUUGCUUGGUCAUAGGUGACAAAUAUGACGUUAGAGUGGUGUUUCGACUAGUAUCAUUGUGGUUCAGCCUUUCAUGUAAACAAGAUGUUGUCAACAACUUGCUUAAAACGAUUGAUGAGGUUCAAACUUAUAAAUUUGUUCCACUGGUGUACCAAAUUGCUUCAAGACUGGGAAACGUUAGGGAUGGAACUGGGCCUAAUAAUUUUCAGUUUGCCUUGGUUUCUCUUGUGAAGAAAAUGGCCAUUGAUCAUCCCUACCAUACAAUCAUCCUGCUUCUAGCUCUUGCAAAUGGUGACCGUAUCAAGGACAAACAGCGAAGCAGGAACUCUUUUGUUGUGGAUUUGGAUAAAAAGCUUGCUGCAGAAAAUCUCUUGGAAGAGUUAUCAGCAUACCAUGGUCCUAUUAUUAGACAGAUGAAACAAAUGGUGGAGAUCUAUAUCAAGCUUGCAGAACUUGAGACCAAGAGAGAGGACACCAGUAGAAAGGUACAACUGCCAAGAGAAAUCCGUAGUGUUCGACAGCUGGAACUCGUACCUGUAGUGACAGCGAGCUUUCCAGUUGAUCGUAGUUGUAAAUAUUGUGAAGGCUCUUUCCCAUAUUUCAGAGGAUUGGCAGAUUCGGUUAUGGUAAUGAAUGGUAUAAAUGCUCCAAAAGUGGUUGAAUGCUUGGGUUCUGAUGGUCACAAAUACAAGCAGCUUGCAAAGUCUGGGAAUGAUGACCUAAGACAAGAUGCUGUUAUGGAACAGUUUUUUGGACUGGUAAAUACUUUCCUACAAAAUCACCGCGAUACAUGGAAAAGGAGAUUAGUCAUACGUACAUACAAGGUUGUCCCCUUCACUCCAAGUGCUGGUGUUAUUGAAUGGGUUGAUGGAACGCUUCCUCUUGGAGAAUAUCUUACAGGAAGCAAUAGAAGUGGUGGUGCACAUGGUCGCUAUGGAGCAGGAGACUGGUCAACUUUAAAAUGCCGAGAACACAUGUCAAAUGAAAAAGACAAGCGCAAAGCCUUCCAGGCAGUGUGUGAGAAUUUCAGACCUGUCAUGCAUUACUUUUUUCUGGAGAGAUUUCUUCAACCAGCCGAUUGGUUUGAGAAAAGACUAGCUUACACACGAAGUGUAGCAGCUACUUCAAUGGUGGGUUAUAUUGUUGGCCUUGGAGAUAGACAUACUAUGAAUAUUUUGAUUGAUCAAGCCUCAGCAGAAGUUGUUCACAUUGAUCUUGGUGUUGCAUUUGAACAAGGCUUAAUGCUCAAGACACCAGAGCGGGUUCCGUUCAGGCUAACUAGAGACAUCAUCGAUGGCAUGGGUGUUACUGGAGUGGAAGGUGUUUUCAGAAAAUGUUGUGAGGAAACUCUCUCUGUUAUGCGAACAAAUAAAGAAGCUCUAAUGACUAUUAUCGAGGUUUUUAUCCAUGAUCCUCUUUAUAAGUGGGCUUUAUCACCCCUGAAGGCUUUGCAGCGUCAGAAGGAAACGGAUUACGAUUUGGAUACAAGUAUAGAAGGUGCCCAAGAUGAAUAUGAAGGCAACAAGGAUGCUGCCCGUGCUCUCCUGCGCGUAAAACAAAAGUUAGAUGGAUACGAAGAAGGUGAAAUGAGGAGUGUACAUGGGCAGGUUCAACAGCUGAUUCAAGAUGCCAUUGAUCCUGAGAGAUUAUGUCAGAUGUUUCCUGGAUGGGGAGCUUGGAUGUGAUCCUUAUUCGUAUUCUUUCCCUUCACUCUGCUCGGUAUGAAGGAUAGAUAAGUGUUUAUGAAUCUUAACCAUUUGAUUAACUAAUUUUUCGUCUUCACAUCUUCGUGUUCUUCAUACCAUCAAAGCCUUCCACCCAAUCAUGAUUUGUAUA